CCAAUCUCAUCAUAAUGUCCCUUCCUACGACUACACGCGCGUGGUCUAUUCGCGAAAUCCGCAGCGACAGCUUCGAUGGGAUUGUUCUCCAAGGAAAUGUUCCUCUUCCCAAGCUCGGCGAGAGAGACGUCUUGGUCAAGAUUGAAGCCGUCUCCCUCAACUACAGAGAUCUAGCUAUUCCAAGAGGGCUUUAUCCGUUCGUCAUCAACCUCCCUGUCAUCCCUGGAUCCGACUGUGCCGGCAUUGUUCUUGCAACUGGCUCCAAGGUCACCAGAGUCUCCAAGGGUGACCGAGUCUGUACCCUCUUCAACGAGCACCACUUGGCGAACCCCAUCACUCCAGAGGCCGCCGCAAGUGGUCUCGGGGGCGCCGUAGACGGCACACUGCGCGAUUACGCCGUGUUUGGCGAUCAUUGUCUUGUCAAAGCUCCGUCGUCCCUCAGCGCCAUUGAAGCCAGUACUUUGACAUGCGCUCCCCUGACGGCAUGGAACGCCCUUUACGGGCUUGCGAGUAAUGUCCUCAAAGCUGGCGACUGGGUCUUGGCUCAAGGCACCGGGGGGGUUUCCCUUGCCGCAGUCCAAUUUGCCGCAGCCGCUGGGGCGACCGUUGUUGCUACGACUUCCUCUGACGACAAGGCCGAUGAGUUGAAGAAGCUGGGAGCUUCGCACGUGAUAAACUACAACGAGACUCCCAACUGGGGCGAGGUCGCCCGAUCCCUGACUCCCGGAGGUGUUGGAUUCGACCACAUCCUCGAGAUUGGCGGCGCCGCGAGCAUUGCGCAGUCGCUCAAGGCGAUACGGAUGGAGGGCGUCAUCACCAUCAUCGGGUUCCUCACGUCUUCUGAGAAGGAGCCUGCGGUGAUGGACAUUCUCAACCACGUCUGCAUUGUGCGCGGCAUUUUCGUGGGCUCGAGGCAGCAGUUUGAGGAAAUGAACCGGGCGAUUAACUCUACAAAGAUCCGCCCCGUUGUCGAUCGCAACAUCUUUUCCUUUGAAGACCUGAAGAAGGCGUAUCAGUAUCAGUGGGAGAGGAAGCACUUUGGAAAGGUUGUGAUCAAGAUUGGGAACUAA